AUGCUGUGCGGGGCGGUGGAGCUGCUGCCGGGGCUGCUCCUGGGCGGGGCGGCGGCGGCCCGGGCGGCCCGGGCGGCCCGGGCGGGGGCGGGGGUCACGGUCACCGCGCUGCUCACGGUGCAGGAGGAGGAGGAGGAGGCGGCGGAGCAGGAGGCGGAGGAGGGGGGCCUGCAGACCCUGGUGGUGCCGGUGCGGGACGAGCCCCGCCAGGACCUGCUCGGGAGCCUCGACCGCUGCGCCGCCUUCAUCGGCCGCGUCCGCCGCGGCGGGGGCGCCGUGCUCGUCCACUGCCAUGCGGGGGUCAGUCGGAGCGUAGCCGUAGUGACCGCUUUCCUCAUGAAGACUCAGCAGCUCAGCUUCGAGGAGGCCUACGCGAGGGUGCGGGCCCUGAGACCCCAGGCCAAAAUGAAUGAGGGUUUCGAAGAGCAGCUGAAGCUGUAUGAGGCCAUGGGCUGUCAAGUGGACGCUUCCAACCCCAGUUACAAGCAGUAUCGUCUGCAGAAGGUCACGGAGAAGUACCCCGAGCUGCGGAAUUUGCCUCGGGAAGUGUUUGCCGCCGACCCCGACGCCGAAUCCCCUGGUCUGAGAGAGGAGACCCUCUACAGAUGUAGAAAGUGCAGGCGGGCCCUGUUUCGCAGCUCUAGCGUUCUGGGGCACCCCGGCGGCAGCGGGCCCGCGGCCUUCGCCCACAAGAGGAAGACGCCGGUCUACCCGCCGGCCGCGGCGGGCCCGGCCUCCUGCACGUCGCACUUCGUGGAGCCGGUGCAGUGGAUGGAGGCCGCCCUGCUCGGGGUGAUGGAAGGACAGCUGCUGUGCCCCAAAUGCGGCGCCAAGCUGGGCUCCUUCAGCUGGUGCGGGGAGCGGUGUUCCUGCGGCUCCUGGGUCACGCCCGCCUUCCAGGUCCACAAGAACCGCGUGGACGAGGCCAGGGCGUUGCCCGCUCGGGUACCACCCGCCGGCAGGCCCGGAGCCUGCCCGCCCUGAGGGCUCGGGGCCGAGGGGCUCGCUCGCGCCGCCCGGACCGUGGAUCGUCGCCGUCGAGGCGCCCGGGGCUGAACUGGACUCCCGCGGGGGUGGGGAGAGGAAGAGUCGAUGCCUCAGCACCGCCCUCCUACCUUCGCUCCCGCCCGUGCUCCCAGUGAAACGGGCUCCGGGGUUCCCCGCUCCUUCCCCGGCACCCCUCGCCGAGUCUCGGUUUCCCAUAAAAACUCCGAAAGUUCCCAGUC